AUCUACUCUUGCAUAUCGCUCCAACACUUUAGCUAGUUAGUUCCAAUAAAUAGACAUUUUUUAUUGACAGUAGUUUUCCCUUCCUUUUUUUAACUUACACAAACUGUCAGUGCUUUACUUACUGUACUGCUCAGCUGUAUACAAUCAUAGAUUGAAGAGUUAGAUCAUGAUACAAUCCAGCAAAACCAUGCAGUUAAUGAUGAGAACACUUAGAUAUUGUGCAUGUGUGCAUAAAUGGCAGCUCUAUGAUAAUUAUUUAUAGUCAUAAUGCAUGAUAGACAUAGUACAGUGUUUCUAAUGAUGUAAUUAGGGGUUGUGCCAAACCCCUGAAAUAAACACUGAUAUAAAAGCAGGAGGCAUAGAUAGAUACCAGCAGUAUACCAGCAAAGCUAGCUAUGGCAACACAUCAAGAGGGAUUUUUCAUCAAACGUCUGGAGUUGAGUGAAAAAUACCAAUUUGAAAGUAAUCGGAUCCUUUACAAUGUGCAGAGCGAUAGGAGGGUAUACACGAUGUAGAAUCGAUAUUCAAAUUAUGCGUACUGGUGUUCGUUUCGAAGUAAUCGGUUCCUGGAGUGGCGUCAAGAAAGCACUGGAAAACAUACAGCAAAAUUUCUGCCGAGCAACAAUUACUGGAGACAAAGAUGCCAAAGCUCACAGCUCAAGAAAAGUAUUGCGAUCUAUGAAAAAGGAAGACCAGAACAAAAUCCUUGAAGGUGGUGUUGACCCUGGACAACCUCUCUUAACAGAGGCUGUUCUCAGACAGCACAACUUGCUUCAUGAGGUAUAUGAACUUCGAGAGUUUGCUUGUCUCCGUUGUAGGCAGUAUUGGUGGAGAAAAGUCCUCACCACAAAGCGUGUAUCUAUGUGCAAAGGGUGUGGUGUAAAAUACGAUGCCCUCCGUCGAGACAAAGAGUUUGGUAUCGGUCGCUAUAUGUGUCAGAAUAAAAAUUGUAAUCGCACAUUUUAUCGAUUCUGUCAUGCUACCUUGGCCUGUAAAUGUAAGGAAUGCUAUGAGAUGGUUCAUCAUCCACAUGUUCAUCCCAGGUUUCGUACUUUGCUUAAGAUACGCAAACCCUUAGAUCCUGAUACUACACUGUAUGACCCAUAUGAAGGAGAAGCUGUUCAGAAAAAAUCAGGUGGAGAAGGUUUUGAGCCGUAUGAACGUAAAAAAAAGAGGAAGUAUAUUUUUAACCCAAGUACUCGACAUCAGUCAACAGGAUCGACUGAAAUGACAUUCCUAACGCAAGCAAUUCGUUCGGAUAUAGGUGAUGACAACAACUCAGAAAUUAUAUCAAUUGCCAGCAGUACUGAUUCAUUCUCAAGCAGUGACAAUGGAAGCGACUCUGACUCCACACCUAAUCAAUCUGAUGAUGACUCUCAAAUAGAAAGUUCAGUAUCAACAAUACCACCUUCAGAUUCAGACAACGAUAGUGAAUGUGAUAUGAGCUCCAGUCAUCCAAAUCAAAAACGUGAAUUGGGAACAUAUUCCUCUGAUGAUUCCUCUGAGAAUGAUGACAAUGAUGACAAAACGCCCUCUGAAACUGAGUCAGCCGAUUCUGGGAAGUUUUCUUCUCUAGCAUCUACCAUCAAGGACUCUGGUAUCGGUACUGCUAGUAACAUUGACACAGUUAGCACUGCUGACAGUGCAAACAAUACUGCUGACAGUGCAAAUACUACUGCUGCUACUGUUCACACAACUUCUCAUGGUUGGAAGCGUUCCUCAACGAUUAAGCCUGAUUACCUUCCAGUUAAGUUCUCACGGAGGGAAUUUCGAGAAAAUGUCGACCAUCAUGGAGCUGAUAUCAUCGGUGAAGGAAUUCAUGUCAUCAUUCCUCCUAACGCAAUCCGUCAUGGUAAUAUUUCUGUGACUGUUCAAGCAUGUCUAGGGGGUCCGUUCGAAAUUCCCUCUGAUUAUGAGCCCAUCAGCCCUGUCUACCUGCUCCACCCACCGUAUGUAUUUCAAACCGAGGUUGAACUUAAGAUUAAGGUCUUUGCUGAUAUCGAGGAGAACGAUGACAUCAUAUUUCUCACAAGCCAAGAUAAGCCUACUGUUCGGAAAAAGCAAAACAUAUGGAUUUUCAUGGAAGAAGCUAAGGAUGUGUCUGCUAAAGUUCAACCAUUUUCUGCUGGAAGUCGGGAGGUCUCGGUAUCAGUGCGGCACUUUUGCUUCGGACUGCUUGCAAGACGCAGAAAGAAGAGGCAAAAGAGUUUGUAUGUUGUCUGCCUGUACUAUUUUCUGGUGCCUUCUUGCCGUGCCAUCUUUACAGCUUCGUUGGACAGUGAUGUGUACAUAAAUGAGUUUGAAGAAUAUCUGAAAAGAGAUUACAAAGAUAAUCAACGUUAUGGCACGCCACGUCAUACUCGUCUGUCUGCGGACAAAAUUGAGCUUGUGUUACCCAAAAGCACUGAAGUACAGAUCAUACUCGAUUCUUCUCCUUGCAUUAUCAAGAAAGAGUUUUUAGACCUGCCAAAGAGGAAGAAACGUGGUACCUCAUCACUGUAUCCUCCAUGGUUCUCUAUGUCCAUCCACGGGACCUCAGAACAGCAUCAGGUGUGCACAUUUGGAGUGAAGGGAACAGAAGAAGAAAUCGAGUUCAAUGUUGAAGUUCCCCCCUCCAGACCCCCCUCUUUGUCCACACACUCAUCCCGGAGUGAAGCUAGUGAUUGUCCUACGUAUGUGUCUAUCGUUGACCAUGUUGGUGUUUCUGAGUCACUGCUGAGUAGAAAAUGCUCAUCUGAACACCUCAAAAAAAUUGCUGAUUUUGUUCCAAAUUGGAAAGAGUUGGCGAUGAGUUUGGGAGUUCAAAAAGGCUACAUUAUAGACAUUAACAGCGAUCGACAGCUCACUGGUCCUGUAAUGAAAGCACAGAGUGUUUUGGACCAAUGGCAUCGCUCCAACGGGUUUAUGGCAUCGCACAAAAUGUUAAUAGAAGCUUUUAUAAGUCAAGGUGAUGCAGAUCUGGCGGAGCGUGUUUGCAGAAUUGCUAAAAAAGAAUUGGAGCCAGAUAUUGGGAAGUGUUAAUUUACAGAACUGAAUUGAACUACUUUUUAUUUUAUUUUAUCAAGUGUGUAUAAAUUUAUAUGCAAAGUGCA